AUUCUGCAAAGCAUCAGUCAUGCCGAAAAUAUUCACCCCUACGAACCAAAUCCGCCUCACGAAUGUGGCGGUCGUGCGUAUGAAAAAGAGUGGCAAGCGAUUCGAAGUGGCUUGCUACAAAAAUAAAGUUCUUUCGUGGCGCAACGGCACCGAAAAGGAUCUCGAUGAAGUGCUGCAGACAGUCGCGGUCUUCAACAACGUUUCCAAAGGAGAGGUGGCGAAGAAGGAAGAGCUGCAGAAGGCAUUCGGGACGGACAAUGUGACCGAAAUUUGUAAAGAAAUAUUGACCAAAGGCGAGUUACAGGUAUCGGAAAAGGAGCGCCAGGACCAGUUGGAGUCGAUGUUUAAGGAGAUCGCUACAAAUGUUGCCGACAAGUGUGUCAAUCCAGAAACGAAACGUCCCUAUCCGGUUUCAAUAAUUGAAAAGUCUAUGAAAGACAUCCACUACUCCAUAAAACCACACCGCAAUGCCAAACAACAAGCGCUUGAUGUGAUUCGUCUGCUCAAAGAGUCGAUUCCGCUGGAACGGGCAAAAAUGCGUUUGAAGCUGACGCUACCAGCGAAGGAUGCCAAACGGUUUAAGGAACGCAUAUCAAGAGUUAGUUCAACGGUCACGGAGAGCGAAAAAUGGGAAGGCGAACGACUGGUGCUAACAUGCCUUAUUGAUCCGGGGAGCUAUCGUGAGAUGGACGACAUUAUGCGGAUCGAAUUGAAAGGAGCCGGAGCGCUGGAAGUGUUGAACUUGAAGGAAAUCAAAGAAGGCGAAGAAGUCCUGGAAUAAUCUACUGCACACGGCGUAUGAAAGCUUCGCGAAAACUAAUUUGAAUGAAUUUGUUAAAUAAAUGUUGAUUUGUUGACGAAAAUUAUCAUGCCAUAUCACUGAACGCUAGAUAAGCAGGGGGAAAGUUAAGA